CUCGCUGUGAACGGUUUAUUUGUUAAAGGCAAAGUUUCGGGAGUUUCUGUCUCGUUUCUCGGUUUGAUUUGCUAGUUUGGCAAACGGUUCAGUUUGGUUACACAAUUCGUUUGCAUAAUAUCACUAUCGACGGGACCGUCCGGCAGCAAGCACUGCCAGCAGUGGAAAAAGUUUCAAGUGUGCGCCUGUGUUGACCGCUAAGUUCUUGAUCGAGAAUUAUAUUAGCUGUGUUGGUUUUCGGAACUGUGGUUACAGGAUGAUUUUAUUGACUGGUUAGAACAUAGUGUUGUGAAAGCUGCUAAAUAAAAUCCUUGAAUUAUAUUGGGCAUAAUUCAUCCGUGGUACGAUUGUGAAACUUUGGCCAACAUACACAAACCAAAAUCUAGUACCGACUGAAUUUUAAAAUAAUACAACAGCAACAUUGGAACGGAGUGCAUCAGUUUGUGAAGCUUAAACGAUACUUUGUUAUUACGGUGUUACAUUUAAUAGCACGGUGGAAGCUAUGCAUUGGUGACAUGCACGAAAGAUGCAGAAAACCUUCUCUGUUUAGGCCCACACCUUCGAACGAUACCUAAUAGUGUCUCGAUCGAAGCAUUCAAUAUACUGCUUGUCCGUCUUUUUUGGUCUUACAUCACUCGAGACCAACUCCAAACGAUCUCACUCAGCUCAACCCAAGCAGUUGAGUAGCACCAGUAGCACAUUAGCAGCAACGGCUGCUCGAGUUCGCUAUGCGCAAAAGGCAAAAGCUCCUGCCGGGGCUAUCCGAUCUAACCGUACUGGUCCUGCUCGCCCGGUUCGCUCUCGUGCUCGGUCAAACGACCUGCAACAACGGCCAGGGACGGGUACUGUACGAGCGGCUCCCGAACCAGCAGCUGCAAGGUUUCGACGAUGACGUCGUGCGUGAUUCGGCACCACCGUUUCGGGUGCUGGAGAAAUGCCAGGACCUCUGUCUACGGGAUCGAACUGCAUCGAACAAUCUUGGGCGUGCCUGCACGAGCUUCGACUUCCAACCCGGCAGCCGAAUUGCGUCGUUCAGUGGAAGCGUUGAGUAUGAGGAGUCGACGUGUUACCUGACGCGGGAACAGGCCGCUCCCGAGGGCAUCGGUAACCUGAUGCUCGUACCGAACAGUGUGCAUUUUACGGAAGUUUGCAUCACCUCUAGUCGACCCGAUCGUGAAUGUCCCAGCCGGAGGUACGUGUUCGAACGUCACCCGAGAAAGAAGCUGAAGCUCCCAGUGUCCGACAUUAAGGAGGUGACGGCAGCUAACCGUUCCGAUUGCGAGGAUAAGUGUCUGAACGAGUUCUCGUUCGUAUGUCGUUCGGCUAAUUACGACUCGACACUGCGCAGCUGCGCCAUGAGCCGUUUCACACGACGAACGCACCCGGAACUGUUGGAAGAUGAUCCCAACUCGGACUAUCUAGAAAACACCUGCCUAAAUGCGGAACGUCGCUGCGAUGGGCUGAUCGUGUACGUGAAGGAAGAGAACAAACGUCUCGGUGGACCGUUUGAGGUGGAAAUCUUCAACAACAUGACGCUGGAAGAGUGUCAAUCGCUGUGCCUUCGCGCUGAGAAGUAUUUCUGCCGCUCGAUCGAGUUUGACGAUCAAACGAAGCAAUGUAUCCUGUCGGAGGAAGAUUCCGUCUCGCAGAAGGACGACCUCAGCAUCAGUUCUAGCCCAACGCAUCACUUCUACGAUCUUGUCUGUCUGGAUAAUCAGCGUGGUACCGAAUAUCCGGACAACUCCGUCACGUCCCAUCUGUUUGCGAGUGGCCGCCGGCCCGAUACCGCCUUCCAGCGCUAUCGCAACUCGCGGCUGGGCGGUGAGUUUCACUCGGAAAUCACUGGCAGGUCGCUUAGCGAGUGUCUUGACGAAUGCCUGCGGCAGACGAGCUUCCAAUGCCGGUCGGCCGUCUACAGCGAUCGGUUCCGCACCUGUCGUCUCAGCCGCUACAACCAGCGGGACGGUAUGCGCAUCAUCUACGAUGCCGAUUACGAUUACUAUGAGAAUUUGAUGCCGCACCUAGUUGGGGGAGACACGGACACGACGAAUGGACGACCGGAUCCUACCGAUUGGAGACCACCGUACGGAGGAGGAGAUCGCGACCGUGACCGUGUGCCGGAUGAUAGGAUUCCACCAGGACGGUAUCCCCCGGGCGAUCGAUAUCCGAUGGGACCGAGGCCGGACUAUGGAGGUGAACCUUUCCCCGGUGGCUAUCCACCAACGGAUCGGUAUCCAGGAGUUACCGAUCGCUACCCAGUCGGCCCUGGCACAGACCGCUAUCCAACUGGAGGCGGCGAAUACGAUGGACGCUAUCCACCGGUGUACGACAACCGUUACCCAGGGGGCGAUCGGUACGGUCCAACCGAUCGCUAUCCCAGCGAUCGUGACCCCGAUCCUAUGUAUUCAGGACCGGGCGGUCCUAUGCGGUAUCCACCGCCUCUUCCUCCGCCAGACUCACGCUAUCCGUCCGAUUCACGCUAUCCUCCGCCGAUGCCGGACUCUCGUUAUCCGAUGGAUCGGUAUCCACCUCCACCUGAUUCGCGCUAUCCUUCCGAUUCGCGCUAUCCUCCUGAUGCACGCUAUCCCCCAACCCAACCGGAAACUGGUCGGUAUCCACCCGGACCAGCACCGGACUCUCGCUAUCCACCUCCACCGGUCCAUUCGCAGCGUCCCGAUUCACGAUAUCCAAUGAUGCCACCACCGGCCACACGCUAUCCUCCACCCCAGUACAUGCCUCACAUGUACGGGUCGGGCGUGUAUCCGGUAGUACCGUCGAGAGCUCCACCGAACCGUGGCUACCCACCGGAUCCAUAUCCGGCACCGGUACGUCCAAUAGACAACAAUCGCUAUCCGGCACCGGAAACACGCUACCCACUCGAACCGAUCGGUGCUCAGGGUCGCUAUCCUCCACCAACCUCGCCGAAUGUUUCGCCAUUCCACAAGUACAUGACUGGACCGGGACGUCCGCCGGGUUACGAUCCUUACAUGGGAGGCUAUCAACCGCAGCGUGGUUACGUAGAUGAUCGAUACGGCGGGUACUACCCCAGUGCUGGUGGCCGUCUUCCACCACCACCACCAAUGCCAGCGUUCCCCGAUCGUGAUCGUGGCUAUCGACGACCAGCGGUCGGUAUGGCACCGGAUGGCGGUGGCUAUCCGUUCGAGAUUCCUUACGGACCAUCGGGAACCGGUUACGACAAUACGCUCGGCGGUGGUGAUGGGUUCGGCGGCUAUGGACCACAGCGUCCGUACGAAACGCGCUGUGACAAUUCGGACGUUUUCAAGCAGGUUGCCUCGAAGCGCAAGAUGCGCAAACAGUACAUCCGCCGUGUGAUCAAUGCACCGUCGCUCGGCAUCUGUCAGCAGGAGUGUGCCGGAGCGCGGGACUUUAUGUGCCGUAGCUUCAACUACCGGGACAGUGCACCGUACGAAACGGAAGGUAACUGUGAGCUGAGCGACCGGGAUUCGCGCGACUUAGAAGUGCCUAGUACGCAGAUGUUCGAGAGUGACAAUUCCGACUACUACGAACGUACACCGGGACGUGGAGGUCCGCACGAAGAGUGUCUUGAUGUUGGACAGGUUUGUAACGAGGAUGGUAUGGAAUUUACGCUCCGCACGCCGGAAGGUUUUGUGGGACGUAUCUACGCGUACGGGUUCUACGAUCGGUGCUUCUUCCGCGGUAACGGUGGCACGGUGAAUGUGCUGAGAAUCAGUGGACCACAGGGCUAUCCGGAGUGUGGUACACAGCGGUACGGUGACACGAUGACAAACAUCAUAGUGGUACAGUUCUCGGACAACGUGCAAACUGGGCGUGAUAAGCGAUUUAAUCUGACCUGCAUGUUCCGAGGUCCUGGAGAAGCUGUAGUUACCUCGGGAUACAUUGGCGCAGGUUUUCAAACGAUUGACAGAUCUGGCAGCCCGAUCCCGAUCGAGUAUCUGCCAGCGGAGAACUCGAUGAGCAACAAGGUGCGUUUGAUGAUCCUGUACCAGGGCCGCCCAACGACCACGAUCGCUGUUGGCGAUCCACUGACAUUCCGACUAGAAUCGCAGGAUGGUUACAGUCACGCUACGGACAUCUUCGCUACGAACGUGGUGGCACGGGAUCCAUACUCUGGACGUAGUGUUCAGCUGAUCGAUAACUAUGGUUGCCCCGUGGACAGCUUAGUAUUCCCAGAACUCGGAAGAUCCCGAGAUAAUGACGCACUGGAGGCACGGUUCAACGCAUUCAAGAUACCGGAAUCGAACUUCCUGGUGUUUGAGGCUACCGUAAGAACAUGUCGUGGAGGAUGUCAACCGGCCUACUGUCCAGGACCAAGCGGACGCUCGGAACCUUCGUUCGGCCGACGCAAACGAUCGAUCGAGAAUGCUACGGAAACGAUCGGUACAGCCGAACCACUGGUGGCCGGCAGCGAUGAUCAGGAAGACGAUGAAGUGUCGAUCGUGAACGGUACAAUGGUGCACGAAAACGCCACAAAGGAUGCAAAGGAAAAGGAUGCCGGAACUGGCACGAUAGCGUCCGAGGCGGAAGUAACGAGCCCGGGCGAGAUGCCAGAGCAAGUGCGAGAAAUGAUUGAGUCUCGCUUCUUUCGUCCCCUGCAGGUGUUCCAAUCUCGCGAAGAGAUGCAACAGGACACGGUCGCACGCAAGAUGGUGGCCCCGAUCGAGUCCGUAUGUUUAACGCACGCCGAAUACUACGGGCUGAUCAGUGCGGUCAUACUGUUGAUCAUCUUGCUGAUCAGCAUUACGUUCGCGGCGGGAAUUGUGUAUCGUAGCUAUUGGAAGGUUUUCAUCAAGAACCGUACGCUCGACCGUAGCUCGCCGGUGAAUUCGUUUAGCCCGUCCGCACUGCACAACGUGUCGGGAAGUCAGUUUGAAGCGUCCGGUAGAGCACACUCGACGGCAAGCCGUGGCGGACCUCACGUACGUACGCCGGGUGUAUCACUGUUUGGAAGCGGGCUUCAGAAAACGUUCGCCACCGGCAAUCUGUCGCGCAUGUGCCAGAUACCGGUGAUGAACCCACUGUCCAGAAAUGGUGCUGCGAAAAGCGAAUUUGAUGACCCAAGCGAACCGAUCUACACCGAUCCGUCGCUGUUUGAACGAUCAAGAUCACUGCGCAGCAUAGCCGUCGAUCAGACGGAAGAUGGCAACAAUGUCUAAGCUGGCUGGACAAAACAAUGGAACACUCUAAGAUAUUUGCAGAAUGAAAACGAAUUGGAAAACAUAUAGCAUUAUAGGAUCUUCUUCAAUUUACGCACCCAGUGAGAGCAAAGUGCGCCCAGCUGGAGAGUGCGCAGCUAAGUGCUGGGACAUAUUUAUUUGAUAGGACAGGGACAAUAAAUGACACACAACAUCAAUCAAUAGGUAGCUACUCUAGCUAGUAUACACCCUUCAACAGAAUAAUCUCCAUAGAUAGAGGUAUAUAACAUAGGCUAGAGUAUUAGCGUCGACCGAGUGGUUGUGAUCGCCAGCAACGCUUGCGUCUGGCAGGAGCGAUCGGUCCACAACCACACAGAACCCACAGCAGCUGAAACUCCGAACCCAAAGCUCAUAACGUUAAGUACUGUGAUUGAGGUAAAAGCACAUCCUUCCUCCCCAAUAACUCGGCAGUAUUGGAGCAUGGUUGAUUCGUAGCUUCGUCAUCAAAUCGCAAACAUGCUAUAACACACAAGCUGAAGGAUAAGCCACCAAUAUACGUAAGCGUAGUGUACGGAGGAAUAGGUACAUUAGACGUACAUAGUUUUAUAAAUACAGAUAUAUUUUUAAAUAACAAUUAAUACUUUACUACCUACUUGCUGGAUACACUGCGUAUACGGAUCGACAUCUCAUCUACAACGCGCAGGUGUCCGGGUGUAUGAUAAAGCGUUCCACGGGGAGAGGGACCCUGAGAGCCACGACGUGUGUGCUGUUGCUGUUCUAUAUUUAUUUGACUUUAAAUAAACAAAAAAAGGGAAACCUUUCCUAACAAAAGCUCUUUUCUCUCCACUGUCGUAGGCUUAGGACGACGAACAUAUUGUAAUCGGUACACUGCACAGCUAACCGACGUACCCGCGAACAGGAGCUUGCUACCAGCUAGCUACUUAGCACCACGUCUCUAACAGUUAGGGCUUUUUCUUAAAAAUGAAGAAAAGUGUAAUAAAUAAGCAUUAUGAAAAUUUUGAA